AUGUGUUAUGCAAUCAAGAUUGUCCAUUUCGGGUGUGUUGAUGGGGAGGAGCACGUGGAGUAUGCCGUGGUUCGAUGCAAGGGCGGGCUGGAAUACAUAAUGGAGAUGCCAGUCCAAGAGAUAUGUAAGGGGGUGAAGCAAGUGGAGGACUGGAGGAUGUCUCCUUGCCGCUUUUGCAAGGAGUACUUUGAAUCGCGGCGUGCGUUGGGAGGAGCUGGUGGUCGUGCCCGGGCGGCGUCUUUGGACGCAGAUAGGCCCAAGGCGGCAAUUGACGCCUUGUUGUAA